AUGAAGAAACGCAGCCAGUUCAACGCGGUGAAAAAGCAGUUCCUUGAAGCUGGAUCUUUUCGGGGAUUCCAGCUACAACCAUGUAAGAAGCGGAUCUUCCACAACGGGAAGAUUGUCACUUUCUCUUCACCAGAAGAAGCUGAGAACUUUCUGCAUAACAUCCAGAGAGAGAGGAGUCCCAGCCCUCCUGUUCACAAUCCUCCAACUCCUCAGUCCACAGACAGUCAGCCUGCGCUCAGUGACGUGUCCACCACACCCACCACCACCACCGCCACUGCUGCUGCUGCUUCUGCUGCCAACCCCACCCCCAAACGCAGGAGGCACCCAGACACCGACUGCAUCAACUUCCAGAGCCAGAGCUUAAGACGAUCCACCAGGAACUCUUCCGGAGGAGAGCGUCCAGCAGAGGGCAGCAGUGGAGGCUAUCACAGCUCAGGAGGGGGCAGUGCCACAGCGUCUCCUCAGACUAAACGCAGAAUCGCUGAGAGUCCAGCGCAGCCAAAGUUUUUCCUCAACCUCGAACGGAAGACUCCGGUCCACAGCGGCUCGUCCUCCCCACUGCCCUUGACACCGAACAAAGAGCGCAGCGGCCCCUUCUAUGGUCUGGAGAGCCGACGAAACAACGAGCUCAACGAGGUGUUGAGCUGGAAGUUGACUCCUGAUAAUUACCCCAUGACCGACCAGCCUCCUCCUCCAUCGUAUCUCUAUGGAUCACAGCAUCUGCUCCGGCUUUUUGUCAAACUUCCGGACAUCCUCGGAAAGAUGCAGAUCCCAGAGAGGAAUCUGAGGGCGCUCAUCAAACACUUGGAGCAGUUUCUCAGAGAGGGAGAGACGGCCCCAGAGAGAGAGGGAGAGACGGCCCCAGAGAGAGAGGGAGAGACGGCCCCAGAGAGAGAGGGAGAGACGGCCCCAGAGAGAGAGGGAGAGACGGCCCCAGAGAGAGAGGGUGAGACGGCCCCAGAGAGAGAGGAAGAGACGGCCCCAGAGAGAGAGGGUGAGACGGCCCCAGAGAGAGAGGGUGAGACGGCCCCAGAGAGAGAGGAAGAGACGGCCCCAGAGAGAGAGGGUGAGACGGCCCCAGAGAGAGAGGAAGAGACGGCCCCAGAGAGAGAGGGUGAGACGGCCCCAGAGAGAGAGGAAGAGACGGCCCCAGAGAGAGAGGAAGAGACGGCCCCAGAGAGAGAGGGAGAGACGGCCCCAGAGAGAGAGGGUGAGACGGCCCCAGAGAGAGAGGGAGAGACGGCCCCAGAGAGAGAGGGAGAGACGGCCCCAGAGAGAGAGGGUGAGACGGCCCCAGAGAGAGAGGGUGAGACGGCCCCAGAGAGAGAGGGUGAGACGGCCCCAGAGAGAGAGGGUGAGACGGCCCCAGAGAGAGAGGGUGAGACGGCCCCAGAGAGAGAGGAAGAGACGGCCCCAGAGAGAGAGGGUGAGACGGCCCCAGAGAGAGAGGAAGAGACGGCCCCAGAGAGAGAGGGUGAGACGGCCCCAGAGAGAGAGGAAGAGACGGCCCCAGAGAGAGAGGGGUGA